AUGUAUGGUGAACCUGGACCUGAGGGUCUCUCACCCUGCCGGUGCGGCAUCAUCCGUAUGUUGGAGGUGGUCCUCACCUGUAUCUCUUCAGUCUGCAGUAGUAGAUGUAGUUGCACGUUUUUCAGGAAAACAUAUUUUUCAGGAACACUCUUGGCCCUAGACAUAACCUUUCCUCACAUCUCCCCUCCUCAUCAUCUCAAGGUGCCCAUCUCCUGGGAUGACUUCACCACAGCCUUCGCCAUGCUGGCCGCACUAAUGUGUUUCACCUCCUCCAUCAUCUACCCCACCUUCUUCACCUGCCCCACCUGCUACCGGCAGAUUGCCGCCACCGUCAUCUCCCUACUCUGUUUCGGAAUGUACGUCGGCGAGGUGGUGUUGGCCCGUCUCCGGCCCGGUGGUGAGAUCAGUGGCUUCCUGUCYACUGUCCCGGGCCUCCUCAAGAUCCUCGAGACUCUGGUGGCCUGUAUUAUCUUCACGUCGCUGGAUCCAGCAAGGUUUUCAUUUAAUCYGGGACUGCAGUGGUGUGUGGCGGUUUAUUCCCUCUGCUUCAUCUUCGCACUUGUCAUCAUCUUCCUCACCGUUGGUCAGCUGCUGUCGCUCUUCCCCUUCUCGUUUGACAAACUGCUCACGGUCUAUAAUGUUCUGGCCACCAUGAUGUACAUGACUGCCAUGGUCAUCUGGCCGCUGUAUGGUUUCGAGAACAACCCCCGGCCCGUUCCGUGUUCCCACUGUCCCUGGGACGAUCUGGUUGUGGUGACGUUCAUGACCGUGAUCAACCUGGUGAUCUAUAUUUUGGAUACGAUCUACUCGAUAAAGGUGAUCUUCUUCACAUGGGAUGAGGAAUAGGCCAGAUUCUCAGGAACCUUCACUCCAACUUUUCCAGAACCGGUCAAUGACUGGUCAAACUCCAGCACGUUGGUAAUCUUGAUUCUCCACAUAUGGUUGAAAAGAUUCAUUACAUUUCUAGAGAAUGAAGAGUUUAUUUUCAAAUCAAUGACAGAGAGCUUGGAAGAAGAACAUUUGCAGAACAUUGGCAGAACAUUUGCGGAUGUCUUUUGCCUCAGACAUGUGGAAGAUAUUUAGUUAUUCCUAUGACACUGUAAAUGAACUCUUAUUGCAGAUGAGGAUUCUACAGGCAAGGACACACUGUUUAUCACUUGCAGCUAUUAAAGUGUACAGUAGGAAGCUGAGUUAAUGAUUGAUCGUAUCGAUUUCAUAGAAAUUAAAAUGACGGAACUUUGGAUCCUGAUGCAAAUACAAUMUGAAUGUCUAAUCUGGCAUCAUGGUAUGUGUAACCUUUCCGUUGGGCCAAAGGCACUAGCAGCAAUAUAGAUUCUGCCAAUUGUAAUAUUAAUGUUGAUCACUUCUUUCUCAGUUGUUAGACAUGUUCUCUUGUUGUACUGCUAGUUGGCUCACUAACUGMCAGAUAGUUGAUUAGCUGCUGAAGUGCUAUGUGGACUGCACACUAAAAACAAAUGSUUCUACAGUAUAUAGUGCCAAAUAAGAGUUAUUYGGCUCAUAACGAUAGUGUAUCCUAUUUUGGUACUAUAUAGAACUCUUUUUUGAAGGUGCUAUAAAGAACCAUGCUCAUAAGGUUAUAAAUGGAACUAUUAUGGUGCAAUAAAGAAACCUUUCCUAAGGUUCUAAAAAUAACUUUUAAAAAGUUCUACAUAGCACCAAAAAGGAUUCCGCUAUCAUUACAACCCUUUUUGGUGCUAUAAAGAGCCCUUUUUAAUGGUUAUUUAUAGAACCUUUAUGGUGAAUGGUUAUAUUAAAUUAAGAACCUUUCUCAAUCUCAAAGGUUCUACCUAGAACCCUUUGAAGAACCAGAGAGAGAUAUUUAUUCUUGUUAGCCAUAUACUGUUAAAAUUCCAUAGGUGUUGUUGAAUCAGGCGUGGCAGCUCUGGAACAGCUGGGGGUCCCUGAGGAGAGAACUGAGAACGGCUGGUUUAGUUCUUUUUAAAAGACUGGAGUUGGAAGGGGACUCAACUCAGGAACUGAUCUUUCGUUAUGAUGUUGACCUUUUCUUAGAAGCCCAUAGAAUAGGGAGAGGUAAUCAGAGAAMGUUUGUGCCAGGACAGGAGACCUUCUCCAUUGAAGUGUACCAUCUUUCAGAUGCAGACAUAGGGUGCAUUCAAAAUGUCCAGUAGUGCACUAUAUAGGGAGUAGGGUGCCAUUUCGGAGGCAUCCAUAGACACUUCAUUCUGUCAGCKUUUGAAUGGGCUUGACGAUUAUAUCCUCAAAUUCAUGAAAACACAGUCAUGUAAGACAUAUAAAAACUGAUAUUCGUGUUUGUGGAUUAAUUUACUUCUGUCAGAUGCCUUUCACUCUACGGGAUCGGUGUCCCACCCUCGGGACGGUUGAGCUAACGUGCGCUAAUGUGAUUGGCAUGACGUUGUAAGUAACAAGAAGAUUUCCCAGGACAUAGACGUAUCAAAUAUGGUCUGAAAGCUUAAAAUAUUGUUAAUCUAGCUGCAAUGUCCAAUUUACAGUAGCUAUUACAGUGAAAUAAAACCAUGCUAUUGUUUGAGGAGAGUGCACAGUUAUGU